UAUACAUAUAGUUACCAAUUCGCAUGCGACUGCGGCUUGAGGCUUUUCUUUUAACGCGUUUUGCCACGUAAAUUGAUUUAAAGUAGUGCAACAUGAUUAUCUACACAAAUGAGGGUAAUCCACUUGGCCUGCAGCUGCUCAUGCUGGCGAAAUUCGCCAAACGCACGGCCCAAGUACAAUUGGUUAACCUAAAUGAUGCAAAGUAUAAGGAUUUGCUAGUGCUGCCCACGAUGGAGCUGGACAACGGUUUGCGAUUGUUCUCAGGUGCAGCCAUUGCUAAAUAUUUUCUGGGCGAUGAGAGUCAGCAGAGAGACGAGUGGUUGGAGUGGUCGACAACGCUGCUGGCGCCAGCGUUGGCCCAUCACAUGGCUGUCGGACAUCGCGCCGAUCCCAAUGCUCUGCCCGUGCUUAAUAAUCUUGUAAAGAAACUCGACGACCACUUGAAGAACUCGUCGUAUUUGGCUGGCGACAAAGUGACUGCAGCAGAUAUUGCAGUGUGGUCCCUGUUGGCGCCAGAUGGUACACUGAAAGGUGCGCAAAAUGUGGACAACCUGCGCAGCUGGUAUGGCAAAAUCAAGGCGCUGUCGGAGGUGCAGCAGGUGCUGGGCGAGCAGUCGCUAAAGGAUCUCAGCUUCAAUGCUCUGCAGCAGGCCAAUCGUUAUGGUGGACUGCAUCAUGUGCCGCUCAAGCGUUCAAUCUCAACGGAUGCCGGCAAAUUGCUGGCUGAAACCGCCUCCACUGUCGCUGACACCAUUACGGAUGAGGAAAUCAGUGCGGCACGCGCCGCUUUCAUUUACAACAAACCUCAGGAGUUUGCCGAGCCGCGCACCGUACUGCCGAAAGCUGGGGAGCGCAAUGUGCUGAUCACAUCGGCAUUGCCGUAUGUCAAUAAUGUGCCACAUCUAGGCAACAUUAUAGGCUGCGUCCUCUCGGCGGACAUCUUUGCGCGCUACUCGCGCGCUGCUGGCUACAAUACGCUGCUCAUCUGUGGCACUGAUGAAUAUGGCACAGCGACAGAGAACAAGGCGCUUGCCGAGAACAUGACGCCACGCGAAAUCUGCGAUAAGUACUUCGAGCUGCACAAUUCCAUUUACCGCUGGUUCGGCAUUGGUUUCGAUUACUUUGGACGAACCACCACCCAGGAACAAACCGACAUUGUGCAAGAGGCUUUUAAGGAUGUGUACAACGCUGGCUAUAUACUCACCGAAAGCGUGGAGCAGCUGCUAUGCCAGAAAUGCGAUCGUUUUCUAGCUGAUCGCUUUGUGGAGGGCACCUGUCCGCAUCCUGGCUGCGGCUAUGAAGAUGCACGUGGCGAUCAGUGCGACAAGUGCGGCAAGCUGGUAAAUGCCACCGAACUGGUGCGACCACGCUGUAAGGUGUGCAACACUGCCCCUGUUUUGCGCUCGUCGGAACAAUUAUUCUUGGAUCUGCCCAAGGCAGAGCCACAGCUGCGCGAAUGGGUGGACCGCGUGGAGAACGGUUGGACACACAAUGCACGGGUCAUAACACGCGCCUGGUUGCGCGAGGGCCUCAAGCCGCGCUGCAUUACACGCGAUCUGAAAUGGGGCAUACCUGUGCCGCACAAGAAUUUCGAAAAGAAGGUCUUCUAUGUGUGGUUCGAUGCACCAUUUGGUUAUGUGUCCAUGACGAAACGCUACACCAAAGACUACGAGCAGUGGUGGCGACCUGACGCCAACACAGAUGUGCAGCUGUUCCAGUUCAUGGCAAAGGACAAUGUACCUUUUCAUUCGGUGGUGUGGCCCAGUGUACUCUUAGCCGUCAACAAGGGCAACACGCUAGUCAGCCAUAUUAUGGCCACGGAGUAUUUGAACUAUGAGGAUGGCAAAUUUAGCAAGAGUCGCGGCAUCGGCGUCUUUGGCAACGAUGCCCAAGAGACGGGCAUUCCCGCUGAUGUUUGGCGCUUCUAUUUGGCGUCAGCACGGCCUGAAGGCCAGGACUCUAGCUUUAGCUGGAACGAUCUGGCUGCACGCAACAAUUCCGAGCUGCUCAACAAUUUAGGCAACUUUGUGAAUCGUGCUUUAGUCUUCUGCGAAAAGAAUUUCAGCAGCACAGUGCCGCACGUUGUGCUCGCCCAGGAUGAGGUGGUGCUACUGGCGCUUAUCAAUCGCGAACUGCGUGGCUACAUCAAUUCCAUGGAGAAGGCCAAGCUGCGCGAUGGCAUACGGCAUCUGUUGGCCAUUUCACGACAUGGCAAUGGCUACAUGCAAACUCAACAGCCUUGGGUCCUGCUCAAAGGCAACGCGGACCAGAAGACGCACGCUGCCACCAUUAUUGGCCUGUGCAUCAAUAUUGCCUGCCUGCUGGCCAAUCUCCUCUUCCCUUAUAUGCCGAGCACGGCGCGCCAAUUGUUCGCCCAGCUGAAUGCCAAACAAACGCCACUCAAAGCCGACAAACCAUUGACCACAUUGCUGCUGCCAGCGGGACACAAGAUUGGCAAGCCAUCGCCGCUGUUUAGCAAACUGGAGCAGCAAUUUAUCAACGAACUCAAGGCCAAAUACGGUGGAGUACAGGAUACCCAGACAGCGACGUCUCAGCAAUCGAAUGUAGCCGACUUGGAGGCAGCGGUGCAGGCGCAGGCUGAUCAGGUGCGACAGCUGAAGGCGAGCACAAAAGACAAGACCGUCUGGCAGCCGGAGGUGAGCAAGCUGCUCGAGCUCAAGAAACAAUUGGAAGCGGCACAAAAAACAGCGACAACAGCUACGCCAGCAGCAGCUGUAGCAGCAGCAAUCCCACAAAAGAGCACACAAUCAUCAUCCGUUCAAGAUCUGGAAAAAAUGGUUCAGGCGCAGGGCGAGAAGGUGCGUCAGCUAAAGUCCAGCACCAAAGACAAGGCUGUCUGGCAGCCCGAAGUAAACGUGCUGCUUGAUCUGAAAAAGCAACUCGAGGCAGCAAAAGCGGAGCCUCCAGCACCAAGAGCAGCAGCAACUUCCACACAAGCAGCUCCCGAUGCGGCCACCCAAGUCAAAGAUCUGGAAGAUAAGAUCACGAAGCAGGGCGAGAAGGUGCGCACCCUCAAAGCCAGUGGAGAUGCUACCAUUUGGAAGCCAGAGGUUGACAUACUCUUGAAUCUGAAAAAGGAGCUGUCGUCGCUGACAGGUGCACCAGUAGCUGGAGCUCAGGGCAAGAAUAAGAAGAAAAAGUAAUGCUCAGUCAUAUAUUAUAUACCUUAUUUCAAGGUCAUCAACUUUUCAUAGACAGUUUCUAUUCAAUUUUUGUUAAGUUAUGCGUUGAAUUUGCAUUUAAAAUGGUUUUAUUUAUUUACAAGUAUUACCCUGACUUAUUUUAGUAAUUUAUUCAGCUUGUGCAAAAAAAGAAAAAUAAAUAUAUUGACUUUGAUAUAA